AUGAGCGCCCCCGUGACGCUGCCCCCAGGGGGCGAAGAAGGACUCGAGACUACCUGGCCCCCGGCCGCCAACGCUAGCCGUAUCCCGGCAGAGGAGGAGGAGGAGACGCGGUCCGACGGCACCGCUGGUAUGGUCACCAUCCAGAGCAUCUAUGCGCUAGUGUGCCUGGUGGGCCUGGUGGGCAACGCCUUAGUCAUCUUCGUGAUCCUUCGCUACGCCAAGAUGAAGACGGCCACCAACAUCUACCUGCUCAACCUUGCCAUCGCUGAUGAGCUCUUCAUGCUGAGCGUGCCCUUUGUGGCCUCCUCAGCCGCUCUGCGCCACUGGCCCUUCGGGUCAGUGUUGUGCCGUGCGGUGCUCAGUGUGGACGGUCUCAACAUGUUCACCAGUGUUUUCUGUCUGACGGUGCUCAGCGUGGACCGCUACGUCGCGGUGGUGCACCCUUUGCGCGCCGCCACCUACCGGCGUCCCAGCGUGGCCAAGCUAAUUAACUUGGGCGUUUGGUUGGCAUCCUUGCUGGUCACCCUGCCCAUUGCUGUCUUCGCAGACACCAGGCCAGCUCGGGGCGGCCAGGCAGUGGCUUGCAACCUGCACUGGCCUCACCCGGCCUGGUCGGCAGUCUUCGUGGUCUACACCUUUUUGCUGGGCUUCCUGCUGCCAGUUCUGGCCAUUGGCCUGUGCUAUCUGCUCAUUGUGGGCAAAAUGCGAGCCGUGGCACUGAGGGCUGGCUGGCAGCAGCGGAGGCGCUCAGAAAAGAAGAUCACUAGACUCGUGCUGAUGGUAGUGGCAGUCUUUGUGCUCUGCUGGAUGCCUUUCUACGUGGUACAGCUGCUGAACCUGUUUGUCACAAGCCUUGACGCCACUGUCAACCAUGUGUCCCUCAUCCUCAGCUAUGCCAACAGCUGCGCCAACCCCAUUCUCUAUGGCUUCCUCUCUGACAACUUCCGCCGCUCCUUCCAAAGAGUUCUGUGCCUGCGCUGCUGCCUUCUGGAUGCUGCUGGGGGCGCUGAGGAAGAGCCUCUGGACUACUACGCCACUGCUCUCAAGAGUAGAGGUGCGGCAGGAUGCAUAUGCCCCCCACUUCCUUGCCAGCAGGAGCCUGUGCAAGCAGAACCCAGUCGCAAGCCCGUUGCCCUCACUGGGACCACCACCUUCUGA